GGGGUGGCGCACAGCAGCACGGCGGCGGCCCGCGGGGCGCGCUCCUCCGGCGGGCCCAGAGGCCGCCGCGCCGCCCGGCUCCGUUGGCGGCGCCGCGGGGCGGCGUGCCUCGCCGCGGCGGUGGCCUCGCAGCGGCGGUCGCUUCGCGCCGUUCGCGUGGGCCUGGGGGCACCGAGCGGGGACGCCGGCGGAGGCUGCCGUGUCCACCAUUCUCUUCGCGCCGUAG